AAGAUCCGCAUCCAAACCCGAAAACGCGAUUCGGCGCGCUCUUACGCUCUCCUCUCUUGAAGCUUCGAGUUGAGACCUCUAAUGGAGGAGGAGGAGGUCGUCGUCUCCGAUCCCGAUCGUUCCCUGUCCUUCUCCGACUCCAGGACUGUGUGCCAUGUGUGCCAGAAACAAUUCUCUCAGUAUACUUGCCCUAGAUGCAACUCCCGUUACUGCUCCCUUCAGUGCUACAAGAGACAUAGCACUCGCUGCACUGAGUCUUUCAUGCGAGAGAAUGUCAUGGAGGAGCUGAAACAGAUACAGCCGGAUGAUGAGACGAAGAGAAAGACGCUGGAUAUUCUCAAAAGGGUCCACUUGGAAGAUGAGAUGAGUUUUGAUGAAGAAGAGGAUGUUGAUGAUGUUGACGCUAUGCUGUCAGAGAAGACUAUUCAGAAAGUUUUAUCUGGGAAUGAUGUUAGACUUGAAGACCUAUCUCCUGAGGAAAUCAAGCAAUUCCGGAGAGCUGUAGCAUCAGGAGAGCUAAGCAAGCUGAUACAGCCAUGGACCCCAUGGUGGACAACACCUUCUGCUAGAACCAUCUCUCUUAGCAACGAGGGAAGCCAACUGGUGAUGCCGCUUCAAGAACAAGAAGAAACAAUGUUGUGCUCAUCAAGUUCUUCAGGAGACGACUUCAGUCAGAUCCCUGCUGGGCCUGAAAAUCCCCUGCCAUCACUUUGCCAACUAAGCCGUGUAGAGGCGUCUCCCCUUCUAUCCAUUCACUUGGUUGACAUUCUAUUUAGCUACUGCUUUACCCUCCGUCUCUAUAACGGGGACUGGCACUCUGAUGCUCUAGGCGCAGCCACUGUGGUCUUGAGCGUAUCAAAGGUCUUGGAUGAUGAAGUCAGGCCUGAGACUGUGGCCGAGGCAUUAGGUGCAUGCUUGGAACAGGCAUGCUCCCCUGCAUACAGGCAAGCCGGAGGCUUCAAAUUUGGUAUUGGUCUCAUCGAUGAUAUCAUCUGCCUGCUCUCACUAGGUAGUAAUGCUCUUGUUUGCACACUCUGUGACCUUCAGAGGCUCAUUCAAGCCGGUGAAAGAAUGUUCAAGUCCGAGAAGAUUGGCAAAGCGAAGAGAAGUGAGAGCAGUCGGAAGUUGAAGUCUGCUGAGAGAAAAGUAUACUUCUUGAUGUGCUGGGUUCAUGAACAACCAAAUGAAGUUUGGACGUCAUUGGCCAGCAUUGUAGAUGUCGAGAAAACUUCCAUUUUGUCGGGUAGUAGAGGUGAGACUGUGAAGGCAGGAACGAAGAGGGAAUCAGAACCGAAGGUUCUUAUUGAGGAGGCUUAAAAAGAGUUGCAGAUGCAUGUAGUUUACAGUUGGAAGGUGAAUUCAUCCAUGCAUUGAUUGGUAUUUUAGUUGCCAUGGCUGCACAUUUGGUUGUUUAUAAUACUAGAAUACGAGAGAGAAGUCCAGCUACGCCUGUCUGUGAAUGUGGCCAGAACUAUGAAGUGAUUUUCCAUGUAUUCUUGUUGCCUUGUUUGAAUGGUAAAUGUUUUUGAUAUAAGCGGCUCAUGUUUCUUUGACCAGGAAUGAAAAAUUAUCUAUCAGUCCUUUGUUUAUUAA